GACGAAUUGUCAUUAUUUCCAUGAAAAGCUGAUACUAAACCAUGUUACAGAAGUUGCGCUCUUCGCUCUGUAAAUGCGGCGGAACAGAGUAAUGCUGGCGAAUCCAGCUGCGCAAUGUCACCAUCUACGAACGCCAAACCGAAGCGGAACCCUAGGAGAGCCGUGAAGGAUCGAUGGGAGGAGGAGAAGUUAAUGACGAAUCCAGAGUCGCAGCUGGUUGAUCUGGACCUGGUGAAACUACUCGCCAAUCCUAAGGCAUGGGACUGUCUCGAGGAGAGCGAGAAACAAGAGAUCUUGAACCUGCUCCCGGAUGGCACCCAUCCAAAUCCGAAUCCUCCUGACGACGACCCGGACGCAAAGAUCCCCCCCAUCCCGGAGUAUUUCCUACGCUACUCGAAUAACUGGCGCGACGGCAUUCGCCAAUUCCAAGACGAUCUUCAGCAUGGUCGCUACGACCCGGUAUGGCAGCGCGAGGCCCAUCAGGCCAUGGAAGAGAGACUGGCAGGCAAGUUCGACAAGUUCAAGGAGGAAGAAUUCGAGCAGUUCUGGGGUCAGAAACAGAGGAUGGAUAAGAGCCAGGUGGCUGGGCAGAGCUCCCAAGUGAGAUUGAAGACUUUGAUUAAUCAGGGGGUUGUCCGCGAAAGAGAUGUCUGGAAAUACUCCCGAGUAUUCUCUAAAGGACAUCAAAAGAUCCACGUGGAGAAGGAAGCUCGAAUCGUGAAAGUCAAUGGCGCACGCUUGAACUUUAUAAUUCCGACAGGACAGCGUGUCUUUCUUUCAAUUCCGGACGUGCACAAGUCAGAGGAGACUGCCGACGAAUCGCAGACGGAUGCGGUAGUUGUUGACGGACAAGAUAUUGACUCUGCCAAAAUUGACUCUGGGGCACACCAAAAUAUGAGCGAAACUGUAGAGGCUGGCUCCUCUAAGAAACGUAAAUCCGAACUUCAACACGGCGACUGCAAAAGGCAGCGCUCAGAACCACCAGAAACAAAAAACAAAGCGGACUCUUCCACAGAACAAAGUGAGCAUACGCCUGCCGUGACUGUGGAAAUUGUCAACCCUCCGAUAGCACGAGAUACAUUCCCUACCGAACAAAGUGAGCAUACGCCUGCCGUGACUGUGGAAAUUGUCAAUCCUCCGAUAGCCGGAGGUACAACAUCUACUGAACAAACUGAAGAGGCGAAUAAUGUGGUAGUCGAAACCAACGAAGCCAACUCUCCGAUAGUCGAAGAGACAACAUCUACAGAUAAUUCCAACAGCCCUGCUCAACCCAUCGAGGAAGCAGAGAAGGUUGACGGGGCAUCGGACAACCCGUCUCAACAAGCCCCUGAACCAAACCAGGAACCCCUGGAAACAUCGGAGCUCGCUAAUACCGCUGAGGAUAUCGAUGAUAUCGGUGAGAUCUUACUUGAGGAUAUCCAGGGCCUCAACGCACUUAGCGCAAAGAUCAUAGAGACCGAUGGUCGUAUUGGAAGCAUUCCCAAUGGGAACAGCUGGAAAGAAUUCCGUGCUUACAGAGAUAACCAGGACAUGGGUACCUUGUGGGAGCUUAGACAGGCUUGGUACCAACGGCAGAAAUAGCGCGCAUGGUCAGCCUGGUCGUAGAAAGUGGCAGUUUUACUCUACACUCGCUCUCUCCUGGUGUUCAAGUGCAUGGAAAUACUAUGCCACACAAUGCUCAUUCUUAGAGUGACCCUGUGGAUGAUCAAGUCUUCGGAAUGGCUACCAUUCGCAAGAGACAUAGAACUCGUAAGACCAAUUG